AGAGUCUCAGGGAGGAGGAGGAGGAGGCUGGUAUCGAUCCUGCAACAAACCUGUGGCUCCAGUGUAGCGGGGGGUCUGGGACUCACCUCGACCACCCAUGAACUCCAAGGGAGACCCUGCAGCCGAGGAGGGAGGCAAGCUGGAGACUCUGAUCCAGACGCUGCAACAUUCCGUGCAGGGUGCCGGGAAGGGGCAAGGAUUCGUAUUUCGGGGAGAUAAAGAGGGAUCACCACUGACCUGUCUCUCCGCCAGGAUACGGGAAAUUAUCACCAAAAACUUCAUGGAGGAGCAGGCUUCAGCUGACGCGCAGGAGAUGUCGUCGCUGCAGCCUCUGCAGGAGGAGAACAGCAUCCUGCAGCAGGAGCUGUCCCGUGUCGAGGACCUGAUGGCGCAGAGCCGCGCAGAGCGGGACGAGCUGGCCAUCAAAUACAACGCCAUCAGUGAGCGGCUGGAGCAGUCCCUGCGGUUGGAGACGGGAGAGCGGGAGCGUGAGAGCCUGGAGAACAAGAGCCUGGCGCAGCAGAACAUCGAGCUGAGGCGGCGACUGGAGGAGGAGCAGACGUCGUACAAACGCAAACUCCAUGCCUACCAGGAGGGGCAGCAGCGGCAAGCUCAGCUGGUGCAGAAGCUGCAGUCCAAGGUCGUCCAGUACAAGAGGAAGUGCGGCGAGGUGGAGCAGCAACUGCUGGAGAAAGCUACUGAGCUGGAACACCAUCGACUGGAGAGCCAGCUGGACAUGACGGACAUGGGGAUGCAACGCGGUGAGGAGGAGCAGAGCACGGAGCUGGAGAACAUCCUGAUCCGUCUGGAGGAGGAGCAGCAGAGGAGCGCCAGUCUGGCGCAGGUGAACUCGAUGCUGCGGGAACAGCUGGACCAGGCGGGCAGCGCCAACCUGGCGCUGAGCGAGGACCUGCGCAAACUCACCGCCGACUGGAGUCGCGCCCGCGAGGAGCUGGAGCAGAAGGAGGUGGAGUGGAGGCACGAGGAGGAGUCCUUCAACAUGUACUUCAGUAACGAGCAUAACCGCCUGCUGACUCUCUGGAGACAAGUUGUCGGCUUCCGGCGGCACUUCAGCGAGAUAAAGUCGGCCAGUGAACGGGACCUGUCGGAGUUGAGGAAUGACCUGGCCCGAUCCUCACGGACCAUCCACGCCUCGUGCCUCAACCUGAGCGGGCACCUGCGGCUGGCAGAUGGCAGCGCCACCGUGCAGCUGGAGCAGCGGGCAGCACAGCUGGCACAGCUGGAGGAACAGCUGCGUGACAAGGUGCGGCAGAUGAUGCAGCUGCAGAGCAAGUACGACCUGGAGCGGGCAGAGCAGAGCUGCAGAGUGACGGAGCUGAUGGUGACUGUGGAUCGAUUGAAGGGCCAGAUCAGUGAGAGGGACAGGACCAUCAGCAGCCUGAACCAGACGCUGGAGAGCCUGGAGUCGAGCCGGGCUGAGGCACAAGAUGCCCAGGAGGGGGCGCAGUUGGAGAGUGUGAAGGCGGAGAUGGAAUCCCUGCACCAGAUCCUCAGUGACAUUGCGCAGGUGGUCAUCUCGGACACUGAUGGAGGGUGUCAGCCGGGCCCCGCCGAGCGGCCUGGAGACGUUGCUGAGACGGACAGCCCUAACCUGGGGCUGCCAGACCUGCGCUCCCCGUCUCCACGGCGACGGGCCUCUCCCCACCGCAGCCGCUCCCCUGGUCGACGCUCCUCGCCGGCCUUGACCAACUCGCUGUACGUGGCCGUGCAGGGGGCCGUGCAGAGGAGGCAGCUCCUGGUCCAGGAGCUGCGUGCCAGAUACGAGUCGGCCCAGGACUCUGUGGGCAGCCUGAAGAGGCAGCUGGCAGACAGCGAGGGUGAUCGCCGCGCCCUGGAGCAGCAGAUCCUCAAGCUCAAGGAGGAGACGGAGGCCUCGGUGCGAGCCAGGGACGACGCCAAGCGAGACGCCAGCCGCUUCCGCUCCUCUGCCGACCUGCUGGCAAGCGAGAAGGGGAGCCUGGAGAGAUGCAUGCAGUCGCUGCAGCAGCGGGUGGAGACCAUGCGCGGAGAGGCGGAGAAGCUGCACCUGGCCAACGGCGAUCUCCAGCGGCAACGGGACAACAUGGAGGACGAGAAGGAGGACACGGUCAAGGACAAGGAGAGGGCGCUGAAGGAGAUCGAGCGAGGCCACAAGAUGAUCGAGCAGCUGGAAGGAAAGAACUCGAGCGUGAGGAAGGAGCUGGUGCAGGUCAAGGAGGCGCUGAGACAAUCCUCGCUGGUCAAGGAGGUGCUCGAGAACGAGAAGGCUGAAAUUAAAGAGGCUCUGGCCAAGGUGCAGAGUGCCAACGUAGAGUUGGAGGUGGUCCUGGGCAAAGUGCGGACGGAGCAGGCAUCGCUGCGAGACUCUCUGUCUAAGAUGAGUGCCAUCAACGAGGGUCUGGCCCAAGACAAAGUGCAGCUGAACCAGAUCAUCCUGGAGCUGGAGGAGGAGAAGGUGUUGCUACUGGGGCAGAAGAAGGAAAUGGAGCAGGAGAAGGGUUCGAUCCGUGACGAGCUGGUACGCCUGGAGCAGGAGAAGCUCGACCUGCAGGCCGAGCGGCAGGGCCUGGAGCACAGCCUUCAGCUGGCGGAGCAGAGUCGACACAGCCUCCAGCACGACCUCCUCGCAUCCCAGCAGGACAAGCGAGAGCUGCAGGAGCGGCUCGGACAGGUGAGCCGCCAGAAGCAGAGCGUGAGCGAGGAGCUGGCGGAGCUGCAGCGGGAGGUCCUGCGGCAGGCCGAGGCGCUGGUGCGGGCAGCCAGAGAGAGGGAGGAGGUGACGAGGCUGAAGGCCGGCCUGGAGGUGCAGCUGUCGGCCGCUGAGCGAGAGUGCCGCGUGCUGGCGGACGAAGCAACGGCGCUCCGGUGUGAGAAGGAGGGUCUGGAGACAUCUGUGUACGAGAGCCGUCAGUGGCAGUCGCUGCUGGAGACACAGAAGGAGCAGCUGGAGGGAGAGAACCAGGCGCUGCUCCAGGCCAGAGAGGCCCUGCAGGCUGACAGUGGCCGUGUGCGUUUGGAGCUGGAGGGGGAGCUGAGCAAGCUGGAGCGGGACAGGGACGCCCUGGAGCAGAGAGUGUGUGAGAGUGAACGGCAAUGCCAGCUCACCCUGCAACAGGAGCAGGCCGCACACCAGGCCGACCUGGAGCGUCUGCAACACGAGAAGGAGGCCGUGCGCCAAGGGCUGGAGGAGGAGAGGGAGGAGCUGCUCCAGCAGCUGAGGCAGGAGCGCGAGGAACUCAACGCCCGCUUCGAGGCCGAGAAAGAGGAGCUGGCGGACGAGGUGGCCGGCCUGCAGCAGGAGCGGGACGAGACCCUGUUACUGGCUGAGAACGAGAAGCAGCAGCUCCUGUCCCUGAAGGAGUCGGAGAAGGCCAUCCUCUCGGAAAAGCUGGCCAGCGCCCAGCGGGAAGUCGCCAUCGCCGCCAUCGACCUGGAGCAGCAUCGGAGAGAAGCCGGCACCCGGCACGAACAAGACCGGAGCCAAGUUAACGGCCUGACAUCGGAGCUGAAGGAUUUCCAAUUGCGGUUUGAGGAGAUGGUCAACUCUCACGAGCUGGAGAUGAAGACCCAGGAGGACCAGUUCAAGGACCUGCAGAGACUGCGAGAGGCCACUCUCCGGGAGGUGGAGGAACUGAAGACCCAGCUCCAAGUGGCGGAGGACGCCCGAGACUGCGCCCGCCGCGACCUGAUCGACGCUCACCGCCGCAUCCGCGAGCACCAGGAGAUGCACGAGUUCCAACACAAGGAGAUACUCGACCUCAAGCGCUCGAUGUCCGAUGAAGUGAAGGAGAAGGAGGCGGUGCAGCGGUCCAACGAGGAGCUCAGAUCCAACAUCAAGAAGACAGAGAGCGAUAGAAUCAGUUUGAAACGAGCCAACGAGGAGAAGGAGCAGAGGAUCUCGGUCCUGGAGGAGGCAAAGUCAAGCGGUGAGAAGGACUCGACAGACCUGCGGGCAAACCUGCGCGAGGUGGAGAAAUCGCGCCUGGAGGCGAGGCGGGAACUUCAGGAGCUGCGGCGGCAGGUCAAGACAUUGGACAGCGAAAACACGAAGAAGGGCAAGGAGAUCGUGGACCUCCAGGCCCGGUUGACCCUGGAGGAACAGCGAGAGGAAGAGGGCAGGCGCGAGGCAUUCGAACUGAAGCAGAAAAUCCUCCAAACUGAAUCCAGCCGGGAGUUGGCUCGGAAAGAGCUCGCCGGACUGCAGCGCAAGAUGGUGGAGGGGGAGCACGAGUGGAGGAUGCGGGAGAGGGAGCUGGCGGGAAGUCUGGAGGAAGCGCAGGGCAACGGGAAGAAGCUGCUGGACAACGGCCGCAACCUGGAGCUGAAGCUGGAGCGGGCCCAGGCCGACGUCCACCAGCUGAGCCUGAAGCUGAGCGGGGCCGAGGGGCGGCUGGGCGGGCUGGAGGGCGAGCUGGCGCGCCUGGACGGGCUGAAGCGGGACCUGGAGUUUAAGCUCAGCUGCCUGUACUCUGCCCUGCGCCGCACCCUGGGUAUCGGCCGCACCGGCCGGGCGCAGAGCCCCGCCAUCCGUGGGCAAAGCACCUCCCCCCAACGGCGGCACUCCCCCACCAAAGGCUUUGACCACGCCUUCGCUACCCCCACCGCCACCACCACCACCACGGAGGGUGGGGGCAGCCCGAUGCCGCGGACGGUGACCCCCGAGCGUGGCGCCGCUCCCCGCACUGACUCUCCGGAACGCUCGCGGUCACACUCGCCCAGCCGCAGCGAGCAGACCAGCACCGACAUCGACCCCGAGGUGGUCCGGGCCGCACUGCGGGAAUUCCUGCAGGAACUACGUGACGCGCAGAGGGAACGGGAUGAAGCCCGCAUGCAGAUGUCGAACCUGUGCAGGCAGCUGAAGGAGAUGGAGGGAGACCGAGACAGCAUCGGCGCCCGCUUGCAGCAGCUGCAGAAGUCUUUGGCCGAGUGUGAGGAAGGUAAGAAGGGCAUUGAUGGGCGGCUGACCAGCGCGCAGACUGCACUGGUGCUGCAGGAGGACACCAUGCGUCGCAGCGAUCGGGAACGCAAGGCGCUGCUGGAGAAGAUGGCCGCGCUGGAGAGGACCAUCCAGUCGGCCGACACGGAACGCAGGACCACGCAGGACAAGAUGAGCAAACUGAAAGGCAACGAGGCGAGGCUGGAGAUUGACCGGCGGAGGCUGAAGGACAUCCUGGAGGCGUCGGAGAGCCGCAUCACCAAGCUGGAGCUGAGGGGCCGCGCGCUGGAGGGAGAGCUGCAGCGGAGCCGGCUGGUGGCGGGCGACAGGGAGGCCGAGGUGCAGGCACUGCAGGAGCGGCUCGAGGCCCUGCAGAGGCAGCUGGCCGACAGCCUGGCCAAGGCCGGAAGCCUGCAGCUCACCGCCGAGCGGCUCCACGCCACCCUGGCCAAGUCCGAGGAGGGGGAGAGCCAGCUGAAGGACAAGGUGCAGGGCCUUACGCUGUCGCUUAGCAACAAGGCAGCCGGGGCCUCAGCCCUGCAGGACAAGGCCCAGCAGUUGCAGAAGGCCAUGAGCACCAGCGAACAUGACCGUCGCAUACUCCAGGAGCGGCUGGAAGCCGCGCGCCAGGCCGUCGCUGAGACAAAGAAGCAGAACAGCGCGCUGGUGGACAGACUGCAGAGCCUGCAGAGGGAGCAGCAGGACAGCGAGCUGCAGCGGGCGGAGCUGGAGAGCCAACUACGCAGGCACCAGGAGGUGCUGCAGCAGCAGCAGGAAGGUGACGAGGCGGCGCUGCGGAGCGUGCAGAAGCUGCAGGAGGACAAGCAGCUACUGCAGGAGCGGCUGGGGGUGCUGCAGCGCGCCAUCGCGCAGCUGGAGAACGAGAAGCGCGAGCUGGAGCGGGCGGCUGUCCGUCUGGAGAAGGACAAGGCUGCCCUGAAGAAGACCCUGGAUAAGGUGGAGCGGGAGAGACUGCGCUCGGAGGAGGACACCAUGCGCGUGUCUGCGGAGAAAGGUCGCCUGGACCGCUCCCUCACCACUGUGGAGCAGGAGCUGGUGGAAGCCCAGAGACAAACCCAGCAGCUGCAGGCCCAGCUCUCCGACGUGGAGCAUUCACACUCGCACGGGCUGGUCGAGGCAGCCGCCAGGCACCGCCAGGAGCUGCAGAAGGAGACGGACCGCCUGCGAGCGGCGCAGGUCGUGACCGAGAGGACCCUGGAGGCUCGCGAGCGCGCACAUCGACAGCGGGUUAAAGGACUCGAGGAGCAGGUGUCGACGCUGAAGGACCAACUACAGCAAGAACUUCGCAGACGGCAGCCGCAGUAUUCCCACUCCAUCGUCUCCGGGAACUGACUCCAGUCCGGGACAGCGCAGCGCAGCGACACGGCACGGUCUCGGCCCGCACUCUCUUCUUCUCCCACCAGCAAUCACCGUAGAAACAUAGAAACAUAGAAAAUAGGUGCAGGAGUAGAGGCCAUUCGGCCCUUCGAGCCUGCACCACCAUUCAACAUGAUCAUGGCUGAUCAUCCAACUCAGUAUCCCAUCCCUGCCUUCUCUCCAUACCCCCUGAUCCCUUUAGCCACAAGGGCCACAUCUAACUCCCUCUUAAAUAUAGCCAAUGAACUGUGUGGCCUCAACUACAUUCUGUGGCAGAGAAUUCCACAGAUUCACCACUCUCUGUGUAAAAAAUGUUUUCCUCAUCUCGGUCCUAAAAGAUUUCCCCUUUAUCCUUAAACUGUGUGGCCCCAUGUUCUGGACUUCCCCAACAUCGGGAACAAUCUUCCUGCAUCUAGCCUGUCCAACCCCGUAAGAAGUUUGGAACCAGGAGAAAGCAGACCCCCAUAGGGAGCAGAGUCAGAACAUCUCCCCCUCCUCAACUGCCCCAACCUCCCACUCAAACCAGAACCACAGGUGCACCCGCUCUGAAUAACGUCUCAGGAAGGGUCUUCGAUGUCUGAAGAAGGGUCUCAACACGGCUGCAUGGAUGGGGCAGGUUUGGAGGGAUAUGGGCCAAACGUGGGCAGGUGGGACUAGUGGCCAGUGUGGGCAAGUUGGGCCGAUGGACCUGUUUUCACCCUGUAUCGCUCUAAUCGAUGUGAAUAAGGGUCUCGACCCGAAACAUCACCUAUCCAUGCCCGAGCAGCGGAGUUACUCCAGCACCAGGAGUGUGUCUCUUUUUUAUCGUAAAAUGCAAAGCUGGUUGAUAGCUCCAGGAAUACAGGUGGAUAAGGUUUACCACUGCCCUAAACACAGACAUCCUAUAUGAUCGAAUCAAAUCUGGUGCCAGUGUGAGCUGUGUGACACAGUAUUUCAUUGAAAGGUGCAUUAUUCUUGACAGCACAUGGAGACUCUACCACCAGAGGCCAAAGAUUAUGCACAAGGUGCUUGUGUUCAGACCAAUAGAUAAGUGUUCCAUGUGAUUGAGUACAAAUUAUGUAUUAACUUGGGGCAGAAGAUAAGUUUAAUUUAAUACAUUCACCAUCCGCAAUACAUUUAUUUUACAAUUACCAAGGAUGUAUUUUCUCGAUGUGAUCAAUAGAAAUUUAUUCUAAAGUAUUGUAACAACCAUCAGUUGACAAAAACUCUAAUAGUUUGAAGAAGGUAAAGAUGGCAAAUUCUGUUCAUUGACACAACUGUGAUUGUGAAAUGAUUGGUGCGUGUUCAAAUCUAACAUCUUUGUUUUUGAUAUUACUGUAUCUUUCUGCCGUUAGUAUUUGGGGAAGUGGAACUCUGCAUCGAAGCUUAUUCGGUCCAGAACCAUUCCUCAUAGUCCUGUCAAAUAGGGCGGCAUGGUGGCGCAGCGGUAGAGUUACUGCCUCACAGCGCCAGGGACCCAGGUUCCAUCCUGACCUCGGGGGGCUGUCGGUACGGAGUUUGCACGUUCUCCCCAUGAUCUGUGCGGGUUUUCUCCGGGUGCUCUGGUCUCCUCCCACACUCCAAAGACGUGCAGGUUUGUCAGUCAAUUGGCUCGGUAAUAUUGUAAAUUGUCCCUAGUAUGUGUAGGAUAGUGUUAGUGUGCGGGGAUCGCUGGUCGGUGUGGACUCGAUGGGCUGAAGGGCCUGUUUCCGUGCCGUAUCUCUGAACUAAAUUGGACCACUACGAUUUAGUUGAACUAUGACUUGUUCAAAAAUGUUCACUUACAAAUUAUCUUUUUCUUGUGAUUUAAAGAAGAAAUCAAUGCAAAUUGCCCUAAAAAUCUCUGGUUUUGUUACGUUUUCAGGAAUGUUUCCAUUUUCUAGUAAUUUCUGAUGUUUUCCAGUCCAGAUGUAGACCUGCAAUUAUUGGCAUUAAUUUUUUAUAUAAAGUGCGGAAGGGUUGCUGUCUUACGGCGCCAGCGACUCGGGUUCAAUCCUGACCACAGGUGCUGUCUGUGCGGAGUUUGCACGUUCUCCCCGUGACCACGUGGGUUUUCUCCGGGUGCUCCGGUUUCCUCCCACACUCCAAAGACGUGCGGGUGUUUGUAGGUUAAUUGACUCGGUAUAAAUGUAAAACUGGGUGUAGGAGAGUGUUAGUGUGCAGGGAUCGCUGGUCGGCGUGGACUCGCUGGGCCGAAGGGCCUGUUUCCUUGCUGUAUGUCUAACGAAGGGAACAUUCUGUUCUGACCCUGUGUUGGUUAAACCCGAACCCUGUGGUGUGUUUGUGUGGAUUCCACGUGUGCUGAGUGGCUGUUUUUCUUUUUGUAGAUGUGUUGUAACAUGACCCGCUUGCUGUCUUGUCUCUUGCAUCCACCGACUGUAUCUCACCUGUUCAGUGUUACUCAGUUAUUUUUUUACUCAGAUGUUUUCUACUACACUGAGAAGAAGUGGAUCGGACAGAUGUCGGUUUACACUCGUUACAACAGGUGACUUGUGAUAUUAGGUGGUGCCUAAAUCAUACAAAUAAACCACCACCAAAAUUAACUCUU